UGUUUGUUUGUUUGUUUCCUCCGCAGCUGCUUAAACAUGUCGGUGGUCAAUGAAGGGACGCUGAAGAAAAUGCUGAAGCAAUACAAAUACCGAGACCUGACGGUCCGGGAGAUCACCUAUGUCAUCUCCCAGUACAAAGACCUGAAGCCACUCAUGGACGCCUAUGUGUUUAAUGAUGGCUCCUCCAGAGAUCUGAUGAGUCUGACAGGAACGGUCCCGGUCAGCUACAGAGGAAAUACCUACAACAUCCCGGUGUGUUUGUGGUUGCUGGACACCUAUCCCUACAACCCCCCCAUCUGCUUCGUCAAACCUACCAGCGCCAUGAUGAUAAAAACCGGCAAGCACAUCGACGCCAACGGCAAAAUCUACCUGCCCUACCUGCACGAGUGGAAGCACCCGCAGUCCGACCUGAUUGGUCUGAUCCAGGUGAUGAUCGUUGUGUUUGGAGAAGAGCCCCCAGUCUUUUCCCGUCCCACAACACAACCCCCCUUCCCAGCAUUCCAAGCUGCCGGACCUCCAAAUGCCUCCUACAUGCCCGGCAUGCCGGCGGCCUCCCCCUACAGCCAGAACCCAGGGGGGUACCCAGCUUUUCAGUUCCAGGGGGGCAGCUCUUACCCUGCAGGGGGCUACCCCCUCCAGACUGCCGUCUCCACCGUGGGUCCGAGCAGAGACGGUACCAUCGGCGAGGACACCAUCCGGGCCUCUCUGAUCUCCGCUGUGAGCGACAAGCUCCGCUGGAGGAUGAAGGAGGAGAUGGACCGAGCUCAGGCGGAGCUGGACGCCCUGAAGCGGACCGAGGAGGACCUGAAGAAAGGCCACCAGAAGCUGGAGGAUAUGAUCUCCAAGCUGGACCAGGAAGUGGCGGAGGUGGACAGGAACAUCGAGUUGCUGAAGAAGAAAGACGAGGAGCUGAGCGAGGCGCUGGAGAAGAUGGAGAACCAGUCGGAGAACAACGACAUCGACGACGUGAUCGUUCCCACCGCGCCGCUGUACAAGCAGAUCCUCAACCUGUACGCCGAGGAGAACGCCAUUGAGGACACCAUUUUCUACCUGGGGGAGGCGCUCCGCAGAGGAGUCAUCGAUCUGGAAGUUUUCCUGAAGCACGUGCGCCUCCUCUCCAGGAAGCAGUUCCAGCUCCGAGCUCUGAUGCAGAAAGCUCGCAAGACGGCGGGCCUGAGCGACCUGUACUGACCUGGAGCCGCCUCCUCCUCCUCCAGCCUCCUCCCCUUUUUAGGAAGCAGAGACUCAAAGCUGAAGUUCAGGUGAAGCUGGAAGUCUCCUCCUUACUCUGCUCCCCCAUGAGGGAGGGGAGACCCCCGCCCCCUCAUGGAGGAGGCUGAGCGCGUGUUCUGCUUCCACCUUCACGUUCCUGCUCAGUCCUGCAGUGGGCGGAGCCUAAUCUUCUGAAUUCAGCCUUUUACUAGAAGCACUUUGAACUGUUUUUGUUGUUUUUGUUUGUUUAAAAGCUGCAGAUUUCUGUAAACAAACCCAAAUAAAACCAGAAUCUAAACCUUCUGCUCA